UGCUCUCUGCUGGCUGUCAUUGUCUGGGGACACUUCUUCACCUGGCACCAGUGAGAUCAUAACCCUUUCUACUCCUCGGCACCUUGUACAUAAACUGCGGAUAUUCAAAUGAUCUAGGAAAUUCAUCGCAUUGCUAGACGGAUAUAUACAAAGUUAUUUAACCACCGAUAGUCCGAAGUGUGUGCAUGACAAGUACAGCAUCUUUCCAGGACACCAGAAGAAGUGCAGCCACAAUGUCAUCACAAUCCAUUGUCUAAAUAAGAGCCGAGCAUUCUUCAUCUCCUGAAGUCAUUGCCGGCCAGUUAUGGAUCAGAACAGGAGAAGAUACUGCGUUUGGGUGUGUUUGAUGGGAUUGCUGGGACUCAGUGGCAUGGCCGAGGGUGGGUGUGUGGAGGCUGGAAAGUGCUGCAAAGGCAGAGAUUUGACAUGUGUCAGCAAGGGCUGGAGAAUGGACAGGGAAUAUGGCACCUGCUUCUGUGAUCAAGUGUGCACAUCAACCAUGGACUGCUGUCAUGACUACUCACAAGCGUGUCCAGCUCGUGCAUGUGUUGUUGGUGAAUGGAGCCAUUGGAGUGGCUGCGCAGUUCAGUGCAGCCCAACAUAUAGAGUGCGUAGACGUCAAGUUUUACAGGAGGCUGAAAAUGGAGGAGAGCCCUGCCCAAACCUGGAGGAGAAGGCUGGAUGUCUGGAAUAUUUCACAAACCAGGGCAUUGAAUGUGGACAUUUGCAUGUUCCUGCCUUUAUUACUACUUCUGAAUAUAACAAAGAACGAAGGAGGCGUGCGGUACCGAUAGACUGGGCAUCUCAUACAGAGGAUCUUGGGUACUGCGUUGAGUUCCAGAUUGAAUCCUUUUCUCCAGCCUGCAUGAGGGAGGAUCGUCCACAUGCCCGAUGGAUGCUGUACAUCAGAGAUAGCUACACUGUGUGUGUGGCUUGCCAACACCCUGCAAUGAAUGUUAGGAACCAUCGUUGCUAUGGGGAUGGCACAGAUGCUAGCAAGGACCAGAUUCUUCAGUGGCAAGCUGUUGGAAAUAGCAAGUGUUAUGGAACCUGGAGAAAAGUUAGAGAGGUUGAGACAUGUUCCUGCCCUAUAGUUCAUAGCUUUAUUUUUACAUAAUGUAAAAAAAAAUAAAAAGAAAAAAACACAAUUUGAUAUAUUUUUUAAGUAUUACUGGCUACAAUACUAACAUAUGUGAAUAUACAGUAAAGCCUAAAGAAGUAUGUAACUGGCUUCUUACAUAAAUGGUGCUAUUAGCAGGUGUCCCUAUCAAUAGAAUGGUUGGGCCCCUGUUCUCCAAUCCUAUUAAAUAAUAAACCUUUCAUUGUGGUAAUUGUUUGUCAACUUAUAUGUUAAUAGAAAAGAACAAUAUAAUUUUCAUAUUUAAUACUUGCAGUGCCCUUUUUGCCACUAUAUUAUUUUGAGAUAAUGAACUGGCACGAUGAAUGUAUACAGUUUUGCUUUAUUUAGAAAAAUAACUGAUGGUGGUGAAAAA